AUGGAUGGCAAUUUCCAAGCCAUACUGCUCCUCUCCAUCGCAAGGAUGGUCCUCUUUGAACGCGUCCUUGCGCUUGCCCCGCUUCUGCUUCAGCUUGGAGAUGCACAAUCAAGAUAUGGCAGUGCAGCAGCCAGUGCGCCUGGUCCUACGUCGGUCUUCUCGUCCUACUACCCAUCUCCGACCGGGCAAGAGCCCCAGCCAGCAGUCUAUCAUCCGGUCCUGAACAUUACCUUCCCUGCCAAUUUGACCAAUCCAGACACGAUACCAGACAAUGAUCCCGACCCCGUUUACUACCCCAAGCCAGUCGCGAACUUGACCAACGCAGAGCAGCAGAAAGUCACCGAAAAUGUGGUCAAGCAGGUCAAGGAAGUCAUCGCAAGUCCCUGCUUCACCAGCAACUGCUCCAAAUGCAUUGCGGCACUUUCACUCGCCAAAGGUGCUGCCGAUUUUGCUCCCAGUCUUGUUCCCGCAGCUAUGGUCAGCCUAUGCAACGAGACCAGCCUGCACUCUGCCAGUACUUGCAAAGAAGACUUCGAAGCUACCACUUUCGGUGCGAUCUGGACGCAGGUUCUGGCAUUCGCGGAUGUCAGUGGGCUGGAUGGGCAGUAUAUCUGCCACUCUAUCUCGACCUCAUUCUGCCCGGCGCCGCUCACGUCAUCUCUGAAUACCGCGAACUUGUUCCCAAAGGCCAAGCCGGAAAACGCUACAGCUCCUAAAGCAAGCGGGAAGCGUGUCAAGGUCCUGCAUAUGAGCCAUUUUCACAUCGACCCACGUCACAAAGUCGGCUCUGAGGGCAACUGCACUUCUGCGUUGUGCUGCCGUAACAACAACGAUAAUACUGCACUGCCGCAUGGACAAAUCAGCUUUCCAGCGCCGCCUUUUGGCUACUUUCAGUGUGACACUCCCUACGAUCUGGGAUUGGGCUGCGACGACCCACUGGGUUGGACGAUAUACACCGGUGAUCUUGUCUCUCACGACCCUCAGACUCAGCUCAAUCGUGCAUACACCGAGUAUGCUGAGACGUCCGUGUACAACUACCUCUUCAAGAAGUACCUCACUAGACCUGUCUUUCCUGUCCUUGGUAACCAUGACACCAAUCCAGAAGCUAUCGAUGCACCUCAUUCACUUCCUGGGCCACUUGGACAGCAAAUGAGCUGGAACUACGACCAUGUUGCAGCGCUGUGGAAACAUGAAGACUGGCUCGAUGAUGCAGCAGAAAACCAAGCUCGAGUUCACUACGGCGCUUACAGCAUCAAGAACCACUAUGGCCUACGCAUCAUCACUUUCAACAGUGACUUCUGGUACAAGAGCAACUUUCUCAACUUCAUCAAUACCAGCAAUCCCGAUGUGAGUGGAACGUUCAAGUUCGUCAUUGAUGAGUUGCAAGCCGCUGAGGACGCCGGAGAAAGAGUCUGGCUAUUUGCACACGUUCUUUCGGGAUGGGAUGGAAGCAACCCGAUGCCAAACCCUUCCAACCUCUUCUAUCAGAUUGUCGAGCGGUACUCACCACAUGUCAUUGCCAACAUCUUCUUUGGGCACACACACGAGGAUCAGUCCAUGAUUUACUACGCCAACAACGGCACAAAGCAGUCGCUUGACACUGCUCUCAACAAUGGAUGGAUUGGCCCAUCAGUCACUCCUCUGACCAACCUCAACAGUGGCUUCCGAAUGUACGAAGUCGAUACCGGCUCUUUCGACAUCUACGAAGCGUACACUUGGUACACUGAUGUGCAUACUUUCUCAAAUAUGACCCGUCAAGGACCUACCUUUGAGCUUGAGUACUCUACUCGUGAGACGUAUGGUGGAGCUGCUGGGUGGCCACAGGAUGCACCGCUGAAUGCCACAUUCUGGCAUGCGGUCACAGAGGCAAUGGAGAAGGAUCAUAGUCUUGUUAGUAAACAGAACACAUUGACGGGCAAGAGCAGCAUCAAGAAAUCUGUUAAUAUGAGGUCUGGAAGUGUUGCUCUGGGUCAGCAGUGUCCGCAAGGUUAUGGGAGUGUGCAGAGUGCUUUCUCGCCCAAGUCGUAA